AUAAAAAAAAAGAAAGAAAGAAAGAAAGAGACAGGGAAAAGCAGGGCUUGAACCUUGAAGGAAGCAGCUUUGUUUUUCUGCCUGGGCUGGCUGCUGCUGCUGCGUCGCUCUCCUCUCCCUCUCUUUCUCCCUCCAAAGCCAACACCGUCACAUCUCACUAAAAACAGCUUCAGUCCAGGAAUCAUAUUGAGGAACUGUGUUUGAUAAAGAAGGGGAACCUAGAAUGUAUGGUAGAGCAGGUCUUGAGCGUUUUAAAAAAGCUCAAUCUACUGAACCCUUCUCAGUCCCUGUCAAUUCUGCUACCAAGACCACUACCCAACCUGCUGUUAAAACUGUUUCGCAACCCUCAGUUCAGUAUUCACAAUCUAAGACACAAUCCCAGUUCCGAGACCAACCUUAUGUUGCUCAAAAACCUGCUGCGCCGGAGGCCAGACCAUUGCUAGGGCAUACUCAGCCGGUGACGCAGGUUGGAGGAGGGCAGUCAACUUGGCAGCCACCAGACUGGGCGAUUGAGCCUCGUCCUGGAGUUUAUUAUCUUGAGGUUUUGAAGGACGGAGAGGUUCUUGAUCGCAUUAGUUUGGAUAGGCGGAGGCAUAUCUUUGGGAGGCAAAUCCACACUUGUGAUUUUGUGCUUGAUCAUCAGUCCGUUUCACGCCAACAUGCUGCUGUCAUUCCUCACAAGAAUGGAAGCAUUUUUGUAAUUGAUUUGGGGUCUGCACAUGGUACUUUUGUGGCAAAUGAACGUUUGACUAAAGAUACCCCUGUUGAACUGGAAGCGGGGCAGUCUUUGCGGUUUGCUGCAUCAACACGAACUUAUAUCUUGAGAAAGAAUGAUGCAGCUCUUUUUCCUCGUCCUCCACCUCCCUCGGAAAUUAACCUACCACCCCCUCCUGAUCCAUCUGAUGAAGAAGCUGUUGUAGCAUAUAAUACUUUUCUGAAUCGUUAUGGUCUAACUAAGCCUGAUCAACCAACUAAAUCGAGUGAAUCAAGUGGCUCAUUAAGCAGAAGAAAUGAUGACCAGCAGUUGGGGAGAGCUGCUAAGAGAAUAAAAAAGACAAGGGUUGCUUUCAGGGAUCAAGUUGGGGGUGAGCUGGUUCAAGUUGUUGGUUUUUCAGAUGGUGCAGAUGUAGAAACAGAGCCUGGUCCAAUAGGUGUAAAAGAAGGAAGCCUUGUUGGAAAAUACGAGUCUCUUGUACAGGUUACAGUAAUACCCAAAGGUAAGGAACAAUUCUCAGCAAAGGAACAUAAUGCUUCCCAAAAAGGAGUGACUAGUAGAUUACAAGAAGUCUUGAAUAAGGUCAAAACUACUACAAAAAGUGGGAUGUAUGAUGAUCUUUAUGGAGAAUCAUUUGCUGGAAAAGUGGGCUCUUCCUGGGCAUAUUCUUCUGAUAGUUCUGCUGGUAAUCUAGCUUCUCCAACAAAAGAUGGCCAGGGGAAUGCUAUUGGUUCUUUGAGUGGAAAACCUGAAAAUAACCCGAGUGCUUAUGAUGACAACGAUGAUGAUGAUUUAUUUGGUGACUAGUUGAAGUGAGGGAGCAUGUUGCUUAUUCUAAUUCAUUUGUUUUGUGCACUGGACAGCAGCAGUGUGUUUGACAUUGGUGCCACACGAUGUCCUGAGGUAACAGGUAUAAGAGGCCAUUGCUUCCCGGUGUAAUUUGGAAAUUAUCAGCAAUUGUUUCUUUGUAAUGGCAACUGCCCAUCUGGGGUUAUAUUUUGUAACUCACUAGCACCUUUUAGCCUUCAAGCUUGGGUUAAUCUAGACAAAAUGGAAUAGAAUUAAGCUGUGGCAAAUUUUUUAGCUGGUUAUCAAA